GUCAAUUACAAGAAGUUGCUACAAAAGGAAAAGAACUUGGUUUAGAUAACAGACUUGUUGGGAGGAUGUCUACAGAUUUACGGCAGAGAUCACAAACUACAUGUUUGAAGGAGCCUCACAUUCAUGGAAGAGAUGAAGACAUCAAGCAAAUUAUCGAAUUGCUGCUUGCGGAUGCUCCUGCUGGAAACCUUUUUGAUGUAAUUCCUAUUGUAGGAAUGGGUGGGAUUGGCAAGACUACACUAGCUCAGCACAUUUACAAUGAUGACCGAGUGGAAAAUUAUUUCAAUCUAAAAGCAUGGGUAUGUGUAUCUGAUGACUUCGAAGUUACGAGGAUAACAAAGGCAAUUCUCGAGUCGUUCACUCACGGUUCAUGUAAUUUUAGUAACUUAAAUGAGGUUCAAGUCCAACUUAGCAAAACGGUGGCAGGGGAAAAGUUUUUGCUUGUCCUAGAUGACGUGUGGGACUAUGGACGUGAUGGGUGGAAUUUGUUACGAUCCCCAUUUGGAGCUGGAGCACCUGGCAGUAAAAUCAUUGUGACAACGCGAGACAGAGGUGUUGCAAAGUAGAUGGGAAUGGAUAAAUAUCACAAUU